AUGGGGAAGAAGUCCCGCAGCGCGCCGGGCCGCCGGCCCAUCCUGCAGCUCUCCCCGCCGGGGCCGCGCCGGGAGGACGCGGGGCCCUCGGGGCAAGCGGCGGAAGGGACGGAGUCGGGGUCGGAGCCGGACGAAGCCGAGGCGGUGCCGGAGCCUCACCGGAGCGCUCCCAACCCGCCGCCUCCCGCGUCCGCCGCCGUCAAACCCACAGGUGGGCUGUGCCUGCUGGGCGCCUACGCCGACAGCGACGACGAGGAGGGGGAAGGCGCCGAAAAGCCGGCACGCCCCGCCGGUGCCAAUGGAAACAAUUCAGCCGACAUCGACAGCACGCUGGCCAACUUCCUGGCGGAGAUCGACGCCAUCACGGCCCCCGUGCAGCCAGCCGAGCCCACCCCUGCUGCCCCGCCUCCCACCCCUCCCCGCCCAGAGCCCAAGGAGUCUGGCACGGCCACGGGCAUCGCCGCCCCCAAUGGCACGGAUGCAGCCGUGGCCCCUGAGUGGCAGUACGACACGCAGUGCUCGCUAGCAGGAGUGGGAGAACUGGAGAUGGGUGACUGGCAGGAGGUGUGGGAUGAAAACACCGGCUGCUACUACUACUGGAACACACAGAGCAAUGAGGUGACCUGGGAGCUGCCGCAGUAUUUGGCAGCCCAGGUGCAGGGCCUGCAACACUACCAGGCCAGCAGUACGGCAGCGGGCACCAAUGGGAGCUUCACAGCAGCUGCUGAGCCCUUGGCACAGGAGAAAACAGGUCCAGUAAGUGCUGCCAGACCCGGGGCUAAGCGGGAGGUGAAGAAGGAAGUAAAUGAAGGAGUGCAGGCACUCUCCAACAGCGAAGAGGAGAAGAAAGGGGUGGCAGCGGCCCUCCUGGCACCACUUGUGCCGGAUGUGGUGAAGGAGGAAGAGGAGCGCUGGAGGAGAAAGGUGAUUUGCAAAGAAGAAGUUGAGCCGCCCCCAGAAGAGGAGGUGAAAGCAGAGGAGAUGCCUGCUGCAUCUGAAGAGCCCAAGACGGGCAAGGAUCCCCUGGAGGACACGCUGCAGGAGGAGCUGUGCAGUGUGGUGCAGUCAGGCGAGAGCGGGGAGGAGGAGGAAGAGCAAGACACGCUUGAGCUGGAGAUAGUGCUGGAGAGAAAGAAGGCAGAGCUGCGUGCUUUGGAGGAAGGAGAUGGCAGCGUUUCAGGCUCCAGCCCGCUCUCUGACGGGAGCCAGUCUGCCUCGCAGGAUGCAACCCGCAGGCUGGCCUCAAAGCGGGGGAAGUGGAAACUGUUUGCGGGAGCUGCCAGCCCUGAUUCUGCUAGUCGAGGCUCCAGCAAAACGGGCCGGGAGAGCCCAGAGGUGGGAGAAGCAGCUGUGAGCAUGGAAGCAGCUGAUGGGCCUUCAGACAAAGAGGCAGAGUCUGAGGAGCCCCAGGAGAAAGUCAAAGCACAAGCGGCACCAAAAAUAGAAGAGGAGGAGCAGGAUCUAAAGGUAUGGAUCCGUGCAGGUGUGUGAUGUCUUCCAUCGUGCGGUGGGAAUGGCAGCAGGUCCUGGGGUCCUGAAGAGGGCAUUGGGGCCAGCUCACCCCGUGGCAAACAGCUGUGCAGGAUCAGGCCAGCAUCUCUGUAGCCUCAUGCCCUGUUACCAGCAGAAGCCAGCAGCAAAGGCUUGAAAAAGCCUUUUCAAAAGAGAAAAGGGGGAUGGAGGCACAAAGAAUGACCCCCAGGUCUUGCCACAAGAGAGAGAGCAAAGACUUUUGUCUUAAAUUCUCGCUGUAAUCGUCUUGAAGUGUUCUCUCUCAUGUGUCCCUUCAGUUUCCAGGCUGAAGACUCCUCGUCCAUAAGCACUCUGUGUCUGGAGGCUGCUAUUGCUGGUCUUCCUGCCCCACGCUUAGCUUUAUUUUACAAAGCAGUGAUGGGCUGCUGGGGCUAACUGGGAAUUGCUGCACCAUUGCUCUGAUAUUUUCCUUUCUGAGGCUCAGCCCAUUUUUCUAAGCAGACAAACAAUUCCCAGAGCCCCUUCCUGGACGUGUUUAAGAAACGUGGACUUGUGGCACUGAGGGAUGUGGUUAAUGGGCUUGGUGGGGAUGGGUUGAUGUUGGACUCUAUGAUCUUUAGAGGUCCUAUCCAACUUUAGUAAUUCUUUGAUUCCUGAGCCGUUAACACUUACGCACAGAGCUUCAGAUUCCACUGAUGGUUAUGCAGGAGGGCAGGGGACAUCUCCAUAUUUGUCCUUUGCAGCCUGUCCCCUUUGUUCCUCAGUUGCUCAUUACUGGCAUCUGCUUCGUUAGCAGGUCACCCUCCCUUUGACAGAUUGUUUGUGAACGGGGAGUCAUUGGCUCACAGUAGAACUCCUCUGGAAAUGUUCUGAGAAAACUCACACUUAACUCUGCCCUUAUUUCCCCUAAUUUAAUCAUUUUUGCAGUUGAAAGGGCUUUAAUGUCCUCAUGCCACAUUUAAUCUGUGUCAGAAAAACUUGUAGCAGAGUUUCGAGGUGUGACAUUACGUUCUCUGCACAAAACCUCCUCCAGCAUAGCAUACACAUGAGGCUUUUGUUGUUUUCUAAUUUAUGAUAAAAAAAAAAAAAACAAAGCCUGUGGCAAGGAUCGUUUUCAU